UCAUAUCAGAACCUAAUCUCUCUUCAGUUUUUGAUUAUUUGCUAUGUAUCAUUCAAAUAUACGUAUUAUCGAAAUAUAUAUAUCAAAGCCAAAUCAUCAUACUGAUAAUUCUACAAUGUUCGACAAUGUAGUUGAAUAGUCUUCGAUUAAACUAUCUAUUCAGCCUCAUUGCAGCAAGAUCAGUUUAUAUCACUGUCUACCUUGUAUGCGGAUACGGACGUAUUCACUGAAAUCCAAUGACAAGUGAAAUUAAUAUCCCUAGCCGUGUUGUGUGCAUACCGAAUUAGUUCUGUCGAUUAUGAUUUGCUGGCAGUAACACCCGAUCGGGUAAUGGAUGCGCGAAUUCAAUUGAAACCAUAUCACGUUCGUUUUCAAUCGAGCAUUCCGCAGCGCGUCACUUAAUGUAAACUUAUCGAAGGACCGGUAGCAUAUGCCGCGCAUUUGGUCCACAUAUUGUUGAUCUCGCUACUCGCAUGGUUCACACGAAAACAAAUAGCACGUACACUUUUCAGCAGCGCGAUAGAAAUGACAUCAUGCACGCAACGCGAUUAAACACUCUCCUCCCUCAUUUUUGCCGUCGGUGUUUGAAAUCGUAAUAGCGGCGGAAGUAAUUACUUUCCCGAGUAAUUGCAUACACUCGCGCGUGAUGGCUCGUUGCAUAAUUCGGGAAAGUAUAUCGUUGCGUAUAAUACGAGAUAUAAUCUAAUUACAGCGACGAUGAUUUUCUCACAUUAAUUUUUAUCACGCUGAUCAUUUAACAUUUAAAGAAAUGUCUUUUAUAUACGUAACUUUAAUCAAACCAAGAAAAUAGAACAUUUUUAUUUUGCUCUAUAUUUCAUGAAUUAUUUUAUCGUUAUUUAUAUUUUCGCGAGAACUUAAGAGAAGAAUAAUCUUCAUUCGAUCUAUAAACGCCUCUUUAUUUGUAAAACAGUUGUGCGAGAUAUUAUCAACGAUUGACGGAAAUAAUACGGCCAAGUGGCAAGUGUUGGAAACUGUCAGUGAGCAAAGUGAAUUCCUUUUUAUUGCUUACCAGGAAAGUACGUCGCCCUCGGUCGACUGUUGCAGCUUUGAAGAAGCGGUUGACGUGAAAUGUAUCGGAAACGAUGGACUGUGAAAGCACUCGGAAUGGAUUUACAAUAUAGCGGCAAUGGAACCGGUCGGUGCAAACCUUUCAAAAUGAUCUGCGUUUUCAUCCCCUUCAUGCUACUGCAUGAGAGCAUUGCGUAUGAAUCGCGUAUUUUCAUGGCGGAUACCUUUCAAGAACAUACAACAUUGGAAAUUGAUCCAUACUUCGACACAACAGUGCCGUCCAAUAUCACUGGCUUGGCCGGAGAAACUGUUCAAUUGGCGUGCAGAGUGAAGAACCUCGGAAACAGAACGGUUUCAUGGGUCAGGCAUCGUGAUAUUCAUUUGCUGACAGUUGGCAGAUACACUUACACGAGCGAUCAACGCUUCGAGGUGAUGUACAAGAUACAUCCGGAAGAAUGGAUUCUUAGAAUACGAUAUCCGCAACGAAAAGAUACUGGUAUUUACGAGUGUCAAAUAUCUACCACUCCACCCAUCGGUUAUCCUGUUUAUCUUACUAUAAUCGAGCCCGUGACGGAAAUAACCGGCGGUCCAGACCUGUUCAUCAACAAGGACAGCACGAUAAAUUUGACAUGCUACGUAAGAUACGCGCCCGAACCACCGUCAACGAUAAUUUGGAGUCACAAUCAUCAGGUGAUUAACUUCGACUCGCCGAGGGGUGGCAUCAGCUUAGUAACGGAAAAGGGACCCGUGACUUCAAGCCGUUUACUCAUUCAGAAGGCAGUCGAAAGAGAUUCCGGUCUUUACACGUGCUCACCCAAUAACACUCAUCCUAACAGCGUACGGGUCCACAUAGUCAAUGAAGAACACCCAGCGGCAAUGCAUCACGGUAGAGGCGACAGAAUAGCCGCGACGCUGCUUCCGGUCGUCCUACUUCUUCGGAUGAUAUUCUAGCCGACGUUAUGCACUCCGGGUUGAAUACGCGCGAAAGCAAGCGCGGUCGCCUAACUCCCACGAAACCAUCGGGCGGAGAUUCUGUUUCGCGGUUUUGUCUCCAAGAAUUCAACUCACUGCGACGCGCAUUCGACACGUGCGUUUCUCGCGAAAGUAACGGAAUAUCUCACCGUAGAUUUGCAUCGCGACGUCAACACGUGUCUCCUAUUACCGUCGUUACAACGUUAAAUUGAUUGGGACGCAGCCGCACAUUACGGAAAAUCCAAUUGUUACAUUAUCGCUUGGAAGACGCGAAUUAAAAUAUAUAUUAGACUAAAUGUAUCGCAAAUGGAUAAAUUGUCGAAACUCAUAUAUUUAGUUUUGUGUGAUUAUGUGGUAAAAUGUGCGAACGAAAAUUUAGCUUAAAUGAUUAAAGGGUUUGAUACAAAUUAAAAAUAUUUUUUAUUAGCAGAAAUAUUAAAUUAUGCAACGAUAUUCUUAAUCGCCGAUUCUUUCCUUAUAAUCGGUGAGCGAGAACUUGUCUAUAAUAAUUCUUAAAUAUGAUUAUAGUUGAAUGAAUUCACUGAAAUUGAAACUUUCACGAUACUUUCAAGGUCGUUGUCAUUUUGCGAAAGAGAACAACGUUUAGGAACGUGCCCUACUACGGAAACAAGUACGAAGUCCUUUUCUUUUCUGGCCAAGAGUCACAAGUCCGUUUUCGCCGUCUGGAAUCUUUCCUCACUUUCCGAAAUAAAAAUCGUCUGCAAAGAAAGAACAUUUUCACAAAUACCAUACUAAUAUAACGCGUGACCUAAAAACGAGCCAACAAACACAUUUCUGAAAUGAUAUUUACGAAAGAAGAAGCGAAAAUAGGAAAAGUACAUUGUUACCGCUUUGAAAGAAUCCGCUUUGAAGACGAUAUUUUUCGAUAUUAAAUAAAUUAAAGAAAAACAUCCCCGCGCAACGAAAAAUAUAGAAAACUAAUAAAGGAAGUUGAUUCACUGAGCAUAAAAAAAAA